AUUAUUACCUUGCACGUCACAUUUUCAUAUUAUUUGAAUUAUAUAGUUGUUAACGUAAUUAUUAAAUGUAACAUGAUGAAAAUAAGUCAUUGCCUUAGCUUUUUAGUUUAGUUUGUUUCAUUGUUUAUAUAAGUGAGGUUAUUACUUGCUACUAUUUGCAUUGUUGAUAAGAGUAGAUAUUAUCAUGGGCAAUUGCAUUACUAGAGAUUCCGAUCCUCCUCCUAAAGAUGAUGAGGCCGACGCCGAUGCAAAGGAGAGUGGAGCUUUAGCCAUUGAUACAACUUUCAGUUUGCCUUCUCCCUUACCAGAGUGGCCUUCAGGUGGCGGAUUUGCAACGGGCACAAUCGAUUUUGGAGGGCUAGCAGUAGCCGAGGUGACAAAUUUCACCAAAGUAUGGGCAACAUAUAACGGAGGACCAGACGAUGGAGGGGCUACAUUUUUCGAGCCAAUUGGGCUACCAGAAGGGUUUUAUUUGUUAGGGUACUACGCCCAACCUAACAAUAGACCUUUAUAUGGGCGUGUACUAGUAGGCAAAGAUACUAGUAAUCCUGCUAAUCCAACGUUAAAGUGGCCCGUUGACUAUGCCCUUGUUUGGAGUAGUAAAUCUCAAGAUGUUAAAGAGGACACUCCUGGCUACAUUUGGGCUCCUAUACCAAAAGAUGGGUACCAAGCUGUGGGUCUUGUUGUUACCUCUACGCCCGAGAAGCCGCCCCUAGAGAAGGUUCGAUGCGUUCGAUCUGAUUUUACUACGUUGUGUGAACCCGACGAUUGGGUAUGGGGCAAGACGGGUGAUGUUGAUUCGGACGAGUUUAACAUUUUCGAGUCUAGACCCGUAAGGAAAGGAAAACAGGCAUCAGCAGUGAGUGCAGGAACAUUCUUGGCAAAAAGUGGUGGAGGAACAACAGUGGAAACACCUCUCUUAGUGUGCUUAAAAUAUACCCUAAAAAACAACACUUACAUGCCCAAUUUACAACAACUUGAAGCACUCAUCAAAACCUACUCUCCUAAGGUAUACAUUCACCCAAAAGAAGAGUAUCUACCUUCAUCAGUUGACUGGUUCUUCCAAAAUGGAGCCUUAUUGUACAAAAAAGGCGACGAGUCUAACCCUGUCCCUAUUGAUCCCUCGGGGUCUAAUCUCCCCCAAGGCGGCACCAAUGAUGGAGAAUAUUGGAUAGACCUUCCAAGGGAUAAAAACGAAAGGGAACGAGUCAAGAAAGGAGACAUGGGAUCAGCCUGUGCGUACUACCACAUUAAGCCUAUGCUAGCAGGAACAUACACUGACUUAGCAAUAUGGCUGUUUUACCCAUUUAAUGGACCGUCAAGAGCUAAAGUCGGGUUUUUAACCAUACCAUUAGGGGAAAUAGGGGAGCAUGUAGGAGAUUGGGAACAUAUAACAUUAAGAAUUAGUAAUUUUAAUGGUCUGUUAAUGAAGGUGUUUUUUUCACAACAUGCUGGGGGUGAAUGGGUGUACCCUCCUGACCUUGAAUUCGGCGAAGGCAACAGAAUCCAAGGGUAUGCUUCAUUGCACGGUCAUGCUAAUUACCGGAAGGCAGGGGAUGUCCUGCAAGAUGGCAAUGGAGAAGGGACUGAUAAAUUUGCCGGAAUCAGGAAUGAUACUGAUAAGAGCAACAAUGUGUAUGAUACAGGGGCUAAUUACAAAAUCAUUUCCGCGGAUUAUCUUGGGACAAUUACUGAGCCACCAUGGUUGAACUAUGCUAGGAAAUGGGGUCCUAUGAUUACUUAUAACAUUAAUGAUGAGAUUAAUAAGGUCGCGAAAUUGUUGCCUGGGAAGCUUAAGGAUAAGUUUCAUAGCUUUAUUAAGAGCUUGCCUGCUGAAUUGUUGGGGGAACAAGGGCCUACUGGUCCUAAGAUGAAGAAGAACUGGGAUGGAGAAGAGACAGUUUAAGUGUUACUUUGCUUGUUUUUAUAGAGCUUGAUUGUUGAACUUGUUAAUAGAGUCUUUGAUUGAUUUCAUUUAAAGUGAAGUUCAUGUAUGAAGAUUGCAAAUAAUGUUCACUUUGAAAAGAAAAAAAAUUGAAUUUGGUUUUUAA